GCAGCAUGUGUAAAAGGAUUCCAGGACAUUGCGCUGAUACUCUUGAAACACCGUGCCGACUUCAACCCAAUCCACCCUGAAUAUGGCUCAGCCUUCUAUUCAGCUUGCAAAGGCGGCUACUUCGAUAUCGUGAACGAACUCAUAAAUCAGAAAGUUCCCAUCAACAAAUGUUCUGGGCCUUCCAAUUCGUAUGCUCUGCAUGCUGCCUGCUAUGAAGGGCAUAACAGGAUUGUGGAUUUACUCAUCUCCACCAAAAAAAUCAAAUUGAACGUUCAAGGCGGAUUGUACCACCACACUCUCCCAGCGGCCUGUCACGGUUGCGAAGACAGUACUAUAAAGCUUCUCCUGGAACGCGGAUGCGGACACCAAAAAGGAGAGGCAAUAUACAACCGCGCUCUCUACGAAGCAGUUCUCGUAUCAAAGUGCGAUAUGGUCAAACUACUCAUCCACGAACAUGGUGCACGAGCCAGUGCACGUAGU